AUGACAACUGAUCAAAAGCAUUCAUCUGAUAAUACACUUACUGAGCAAGAAGCUAUCAGACGUACAGAGAAAAUAGCCCGGAUAUUUGAGUUAUAUGAGCAAAAUUCGAAGCUUAAAAAAGACGGUAAAAAGAGUUUUUUUCUAGCAUUGCAUUUUCUUUUACCCUCAGAUGGUGUACGAUUUCUUCGAAAAAUAUCUGG